AGAGUGUUGGGAAAUUGAUAUUAUUAUUAUGUUUCUGUUGCUGGUCUUUUCGCUUCGUGAUUGGCUGUCGAAGGUUCCGCAUAUGGACAUAGACUUGCUCCGGCGUCUUGCUUCGGGCCGCUGCUCCCCUUUGAGCAAACAACCUGCAGACUAUCCUUAAUCACAGCCUCUACAACAACAACCACAAAGCCACACGAACAGUUGCAGCAAGCCUGAAACAGUCAUCUUCCAAGUCCCAAAACGCCCACAUCUCCAGCAUCUUGGGAUCUAUCCCGUCCUGGUGUCUUGAACAUAAAACUGCGAGAUCGACCGCGAUCUUCGACAAGAGCCCCAUCAGUGUAUCACUCACGACAAGCUUACCGUCAUGACUGAGAAGCAUCCCGAUACGGAUCUGGAGAGGCUUUCCUCGCAAGAACCCAAGUCCUCCAACACCAGCGCCGCAGACAAUCAGAACAAAGAUGCGACAGAUGGAGCACCCGCAUCACAAGAAUGGGUCAUGGACACAUCCGACUUCCCCGGCCCCCGUGCCCUAACGCUCAUCAUGAUCGGUCUCUUUCUCGCUCUAUUCGCUGCCAAUCUCGAUACAACGAUCCUGGCGACAGCAGUACCAUACAUCACGGACGAGUUCAACACGAUCCGGGACGUCAGUUGGUACGCCUCUGCCAUCAUGCUGGUGGCCGCGGCUUUCCAGUCGACCUGGGGCAAGAUCUUCAAGUAUUUCCCUAAGAAAUGGACCUUUCUGUUCUCACUGUUUCUCUUCGAGAUUGGCAGCCUGAUCUGUGCUCUGGCGCCAAACAGUACGUCAUUGAUCGUGGGUCGUGCCAUCGGAGGCCUGGGUGCUUCGGGUGUCACGGCGGGCGUCUUCAUCCUCAUCGCAUUCUCAGCGCCACCCAAGUAUGUCCCGGCGUUCAUGGGUAUUGGCGGCGCAACAUACGCCGCAGCUUCUCUCGCAGGACCUCUCCUCGGUGGCGUCUUGACUGAGUCUGUCUCUUGGCGAUGGUGUUUCUGGAUCAACCUGCCGAUCGGUGCAGUCACGGCAGUCACUUUGAUUCUGUUUUACCACACGCCCAAAGCCGCUCAACCACAGCCGGCCACGCUGAGAGAGAAGAUCUUGCAGAUGGAUCUCGUUGGGACCUUCUUGGUCAUGGGUGCGGUGGUCUGCUUUAUUCUCGCCUUCCAAUGGGGAGGAUCCGUGAAGGCAUGGUCUGACAGUACCGUUAUCGGAACGAUUGUUGGAUUCGUCCUCAUUUCCAUCGUCUUCGUAGCCAACGAGAUGUAUAUGGGCGACCGCGCCAUGCUCGAGCCUCGCAUCAUGAAGAUGCGCCGUGUCUGGGCGAAUUGCGCUCAUGUCUUUUUCGUCUCUGGUGGCUUCUUCAUCCUCACCUACUAUCUUCCUUUGUAUUUCCAAUCCGCCAAGGGCCUCUCGCCCAUUGCAUCGGGUGUGCGGAACCUGCCCAUCAACGUCGGCUGCUUCCUCAGCAUUGUCGCCGGCUUCGUGGUGUCCAUCUACGGCAGACUCUGGGCACCCUUGAUGUCCCUUGGCGCAGCAAUCGCAACCCUCGGCGCCGGCCUGAUGUACACCUUCAACCUCGAGACGUCGGCAGGAAAGUACAUUGGAUUCCAGCUCAUCGCUGGUAUGGGCAUGGGCAUGACGUUGCAAAUCCCUCUGAUGGCGAAUCAGGCAGCAGUCUCUCCAAUGGAUAUCUCGCCCGUGUCGGCCAUUACUCUGUUCUUCCAGAUCAUAGGCGGUUCGUUUUCAAUCGCUUGCGCCCAAGCGGCCUUCACCUCGACAAUUGUCCGGAGAGUCGCGGUCCACGCCCCCACCGUUGAACCCCGCAUAUUGUUGGAUCUUGGUGCGACAGAACUGAGGCAGAGAUUCAGCGGCGACGAACUUCAGGGAAUUCUUCAAGCGUAUAUGGACGGACUGAGAGUGGCAUUCGCAGUGGCUAUCGCGCUACUCGGUAUCGGCUUCCUCUUCUCGUUCGUGCCCAAGUGGGAUGACUUCCGCCCGGGUCAACAGCCUGCGCAAGCUACGGAUGAUAAGGAGGAGUUAUCUCAGGCGGCAUGAGGGGCCACAUUAGAUCCGUAUUGUAGCAUUUACUACAUCAGUGCAUCAGGUGAAUCCCGGACUCUUGUUAUAGUCAGUUUAGCUGUUCAGAAUCAGGAUUGUAAUGCGGUGGAAGAAAGCCAUAUCGAAUAGCGAUAUCAGAAAUUGACCAUCCUAAGGUAGUAGUUUCAUAAAAAUAGAUUGAGGGAACAAUAUUAACCAGUAAACUUCUG